CCUCUUGCCUUAGUGACCUUAUCUUGGCCUGCCCGUUGUGUGGAUGCUUCAUAGUUCCGAAUUAUGGUUUUCUUGUUUUUUUUUUCUUCUUUAAGUGGUGCCCGGUGGAUAAAUCUGUACAACUACGAUAGACCAUUCGAAGCCUCAACUUCUACUAUGUAUGCUCUCCACAAGUUGAGUAGUUCUUCAAUGUCAUAUAUUCGGGAGAGCGGUAUGGGCCCCGCUCCAGCUGGGAUAUUACCUAGCGCGCGCUCAAUAUUGGUCACCCCACCAAGCUCUGCUAUUAAGACUGCUACUUGACUAUAUAGGCAAAACUACGACGACGACAAACGUAUUGAUCACUAGUGAGACGAGCGCAAAAGGCAUGCAUUAUUACUUUACGAAAUCCACUGCGGAUUGGUGAACUAGUGUACGUUACCCGGGUGCAAAAAAAAGAAAUAAAUAAAAAAAUGAUCGAACCCAGGCUCGAACUGGGGACCUUCAGUGUGUUAGACUGACGUGAUAACCAAC